AUGAGUGGCUUCUUUGCCUCUCUGGACCCCCGGCGGGUCCAGUGGGGGGCCGCUUGGUAUGCCAUGCACUCUAGGAUCCUCCGCACUAAACCCGUGGAGUCGAUGCUGGAAGGCACGGGAGGCACCACGGCUCAUGGCACCAAACUGGCCCAGGUGCUCACCACCGUGGACCUCAUCUCCCUUGGAGUUGGCAGCUGUGUGGGCACAGGCAUGUAUGUGGUGUCUGGGCUGGUGGCAAAAGAAAUGGCGGGACCCGGCGUCAUUGUGUCCUUCAUCAUUGCAGCUGUGGCUUCUAUCUUGUCAGGUGUCUGCUAUGCUGAAUUUGGAGUUCGAGUUCCCAAAACUACUGGGUCAGCCUACACCUACAGCUACGUCACAGUGGGCGAGUUCGUGGCAUUUUUUAUUGGCUGGAAUCUGAUCCUGGAGUACCUGAUUGGCACCGCAGCUGGAGCUAGUGCCCUAAGCAGUAUGUUUGACUCCCUGGCAAAUCAUACCAUCAGUCGCUGGAUGAUUGACAGCGUGGGGACUUUAAAUGGCUUGGGAAAAGGAGAAGAAUCAUACCCAGAUCUGCUGGCCCUUGUCAUUGCCGUCAUUGUGACCAUCAUUGUUGCCCUGGGGGUGAAAAAUUCUGUCGGCUUCAACAAUGUGCUCAAUGUGCUCAACUUGGCUGUCUGGGUGUUUAUCAUGAUUGCUGGUCUUUUCUUCAUCAAUGGAAGCUACUGGGCUGAAGGACAAUUCCUGCCUCAUGGAUGGUCAGGGGUCCUCCAAGGAGCAGCGACUUGCUUUUAUGCCUUCAUCGGUUUUGACAUCAUCGCCACCACAGGAGAAGAAGCAAAGAAUCCCAACACAUCCAUCCCUUACGCCAUCACGGCCUCCUUGGUCAUUUGCCUCACGGCGUAUGUGUCUGUGAGCGUGAUCUUGACCUUGAUGGUGCCCUAUUAUGCCAUCGAUACCGAGUCCCCCCUCAUGGAGAUGUUUGUGGCCCACGGAUUCUAUGCUGCAAAAUUCAUCGUGGCCAUCGGCUCCGUCGCCGGGCUGACAGUCAGCUUGCUGGGGUCCCUCUUCCCUAUGCCCAGGGUCAUUUACGCCAUGGCCGGUGAUGGGCUUCUCUUCAGGUUCCUGGCCCACGUCAGCUCCUACACGGAGACGCCCGUGGUGGCCUGCAUCGUGUCCGGGUUCCUGGCGUCCCUCCUCUCUCUCCUGGUCAGCCUGAGGGACCUGAUUGAAAUGAUGUCCAUCGGCACCCUGCUCGCCUACACCCUGGUCUCGGUGUGUGUCCUGCUCCUCCGCUACCAGCCCGAGAGUGACAUCGACGGCUUCGUGAAGUUCCUGUCCCAGGAGCACACCAAGAACAAGGAGGGCGUUCUGGCCGAGUGCGAGAAGGAAGUCUGCUCCCCCAUGAGUGAAGGGGAAGAGUUUUCAGGCCCAGCCACCAACACCUGUGGGGCCAAGAACUUACCAUCGCUGGGAGACAACGAGAUGCUCAUAGGGAAGUCGGACAAGUCCGCCUACAACGUCAACCAUCCCAACUACGGCACCGUGGACAUGACGUCCGGCAUAGAGGCCGACGAGUCGGAAAACAUCUACCUGAUCAAGCUCAAGAAGCUGAUUGGACCUCGCUACUACACCAUGAGGAUCCGCCUUGGCCUCCCGGGCAAAAUGGACCGGCCCACGGCGGCCACUGGCCACACGGUGACUGUGUGCGUGCUCCUGCUCUUCAUCCUCAUGUUCAUCUUCUGCUCCUUUAUCAUCUUCGGCUCCGACUACAUCUCGGAGCAGAGCUGGUGGGCCAUCCUGCUGGUCGUGCUCAUGGUCCUGCUCAUCACCGCCCUGGUGUUUGUGAUCCUGCAGCAGCCCGAGAACCCCAAGAAGCUGCCCUACAUGGCCCCCUGCCUCCCGUUUGUGCCCGCCUUUGCUAUGCUGGUGAAUAUCUAUCUCAUGCUGAAACUCUCCACCAUCACCUGGAUCCGGUUUGCCGUCUGGUGCUUUGUGGGUAUGCUUAUUUACUUUGGAUAUGGCAUAUGGAACAGCACGCUAGAAAUCAGUGCCAGGGAAGAGGCCUUGCACCAGAGCACCUACCAGCGCUACGACGUGGACGACCCCUUCUCCGUGGAGGAUGGUUUCUCCUACGGCCCAGAGAUCGAGGGCCAGCAGGACUGGGCAGGCGCAGCAGCUGAAGACAAAGGCUUCUAUUACCAGCAGAUGUCAGAGGCCAAGGAAAACAGCCGGACAAGUAGCAAACCGAAAAGCAAAGGCAAACACAAACAGAACUCGGAGGCUCUGAUUGCAAAUGAUGAGUUAGAUUACUCACCAGAGUAGGAUCAAAUAAAUAAAGGGUGGAAGAGAUGAUGAUUAUGGGCAAGCUAACCUGGGGGGUUAGGAGGUAAAGGCUUUCUCGGCUCUCAUUUUGCAAUCGUCCCAUAAGUCAGUCCCCCAAAUCAUAGCCUGUACCUUGCUAUUUCCCUCUUCAAGAUAAUUCUGUAAAAAAUGGUUUAACCUGAACCCUAUAAUUGACCCUCUUCUUCCAUCCUCCCCUUCCCUCCCAACUAGUGCAAAACCAAACCCAAUAAGACUGCCAGAGAAUCUCUCUUCAUCACAACUGUCAAAAGUGAUCUGAUUGAUAGUUUCUGACCCUUUUACUUUAGCGGUUGGCUCAGAGGUUCUUUAGGGCCCCGUUGAGACACUAAGAAGCAUAGAACAAGCUCCUUGGGCAGCUCAAUGCUUCCAUCCCAACGAGAGAGGUGCCAAAGCUGGUGGGUGAAUGACAAGUCACCGGAAUCAGUCCAUCCUCUGAGUCGGGGAGGGCACAGUCCUUUCAGCUAAGAGUCCCUCGCCACAGCUGAACCGGUGCAAACAAGUUAGCUGUCAUUUUCUCAGCAAGGAAUAGUGUGUCCUGAAAGCUCACCUGAAUUCUGGGACAAGAUAGGUGCCUCUGUGUUUACUAAGGGACUUCACCCACAUGCACCAAUGGACCAAUCAAAGAUCAAUGAAUCCAGACACAUCCCCCGAUGGCCCAAGUCUACAGUGACGGAGCCAUGUAAAAUAAGUGACAUGCUACCAUAAAGUUUUCAAUGGGCUUCCAGGGCAAAAAAAAAAAAAAAAAAUCCAAAGAGCAUGGGGAGAAAUCACGUUAGCCACUUCCUUUGCGGUCUGCAGUGUUCCUUGCUGCUAUGAAAAGGGAAUAUCUAUUCCCCACAUUCAUGAAAUUUGAAAUCCAUGGAAGCCUUUGCUUUCAGAACAAGCUCAAGAUGUCUAACCAAUAUAAAGGUUUUAAAGAAAAGGCAAAGAUAGUUUCAAUCUCAUAGGACUCGGUGAAAAAUUAGACCAAAAUUUGUAUCAUCACUGGAUAAAGGUCUUAACAUAUAGAUACCCCAAUCGUUAAGAUCUCCCAGAAAAUUCUUUUCCAUUUUAAAAAUAACAAACUGUGCAGUAUUUGGAUAUAUCUUAAGCAUUUGACUAGUGGGUGCUAUUCUGAAAAAUGCUGACAUAUGGCUAGUCGGAUAAUAGCAUUACACAAGCCUCCAUCCCACCUCAGAACCAGCUGAUCUAGGGGGUACACACCUACAGACCAAUGUUCUCUUCCAGUACAUUUCCCCAAACUGAAGUCCCUAGGGAGGGGAAAGCUCUCACCAGGUACUAGAUCUGGGCUUUACAAAGUAAAAAUCAAACUUCCCCCCUCCCACUCCUAUUCCAAAGUAGUCUUGGAAGUAUUAAAAGUAACACAUAACUAACUGGGAAUUCUCCCCUUAGGCUAUUGGCUGCCUCUCCCUCAGGCUUCACUGUUCCUUGCAUGUGAGCUCAAACAAAACCGUUUCACAUAUUGCUUUCAGCUAAAAUCUUUGCAAGAA